AUGGAAAACUCAGGUCUCAAACAUAAACUCUGGCAGCGCCUGCAAACUUAUCGAGACAAAGCGAUUCCUCAUAUUGGGAAAAGGUGAAUCUUCGCUGUUUCUCUUCUUUUUUUAUACACACUGAGAGUUGUCGUAAGAGGAGGUAUCAUUUAUAUAGGCUAUUAUGUAGUUUCUUAUUGUUUGGCUAUUUUUAUACUCAAUUUGUUCUUACUCUCUCCUAUCCUUGAUAGAGUUCUCUGAAAAUCAACCAUCCUUGACCGAACGAUUUUUAUGGUCAAGCAUGAACUCGUGCCUAUCAUUAAUAAUUAAUAUAAGAGAUAUUAAUAUAUGUUCACUCCUAAACAAUUAUUUUAGCAUGCUAAUAUGUUGCAUACUCUAUAUCUUAUCGUUUACGGCGUAGAAAUUUUUUUUAUAAAAUUACUUUAUAAGCUAAUAGAUUUUUUAUAUACUGUCUUUUGACAAGGACGAAGAGUUAGGAUUCUUGACUCCGAUAAGCUCAGAUAUGGAAGACGAGGAUUUUGAUAAUCCAGUGCUGCCGAUACGAGAAUCAGAUGAGUAUAAACCAUUUAUAAGGAAAUUAGGAGAAUUCAAUUUUUGGCGAAGCACUGUAAUUGGGACUGUGGCUGCUAUAUUUUGCACUUUUAUUGAUGCUUUCGAUAUCAUGGUAUUUUGGCCUAUAUUAGUUAUCUAUUUUGUUGUGCUAUUUAUAGCGACGAUGAGAAGACAAAUCGCACACAUGUAUAAGCACGGAUAUUUGCCAUUUGAUAUUGGAAAAGCAAAGUAUACACAAAAAGCCCAGAGUUAA